GCCUAAAGAUACGACAGAUGCCACUUCGUGCAAAGACGGGCUGUGCAGGCAUGUGAAAGCAUUAAGGACUGUCUGUCAUCGUCACAUUAUACUAUCACAGCAGACUGGUUGCCGUGCAUGCUGAGGCUGCUCAUCUUUGCGAUCGUAAACAAUAAUUUUCCUCAAGCAAUGCCUAUGAAGUCCAAAUCCCUUGUCAUCGGUGUCUUUGUGAGAAGGAAUGCCAAGCCAUCUUGAAGUCUGGGAGGGGCCAUGGUGCAUCAUACACUUGUACAGACUAUUCUUGAAUUUGGCUAUGGCGAAACCGUUGGUGAAGACAUCGUACUGGAGACAUUUCAGGCUUACCUUAGAGGCAAAGAUAAGAACGAGUCUCAAGUGAGCGCAGCUGAUUUUGGUGAAUUUUUUGAGUACUUUCUCCAGAAGCAUGAAAGGCGCAUCCCAAGCGACACAGACGAUGAAGCUGACCCAGAACCGCAAGUCUGGCAUCAGCCAGAGGAGUCAGAGGAGGAUGCAGAGGCAGACAGCGUCGGUGGAUCUCUUGAGGACUCAUCCGCCAGUGAAGGGCAGUUCCAUGCGUGCAGAAGGGAGCGCUCUGGCCACAGGCGGCGGAUCCUGGAUGAGCCAGAUGACAUUGAGAGCUUUGAAGACGAGGAUGACCUGUCAGCCGUUGGCAUCGAAGUGGUGCAGCCUCCAAAGAAGAAGGCAGCGACAGGGUCCACUGGACAAGGCAACAUCACAUCAUUCUUUGGCAAGCUCCCGCUGG